ACAGUAAGUUCGUCAUUAUGGUCUCGGUGUGGAAAGCAGGGUGAGGUGAGCGUUAAUGAGCGGCAUCAAACGUCGCAGAGUGAGGCAGAGAAAAAGGCCAGGCCCUGUCUUGGGGAGAUUUUUUUCUACUCCUGUAGCACACAGAGCGUGAUGUCAGCGGUGGCAGCGCUGUUGUAAUGGACUUGGUGGGGGUGAUGGCGUCAUUUUCUGCCCUAGCGUAGCCUCCUGCUCUCGAUAGCGAAGGGGAGACGGAUCUUUGGCCGACGCGACUGUGGCUCCCUUGGCCGGGACCGAGUACCGCGGAGCCGGACAGAUCACCUCGGGAAACAUGGAGGCUGCGGACGAGGAGCUGCGGGCCGGCUCUCGGGUACCUGUCACUAUCGAUCAUGUUGUUAACGACACGCUGCUGGUGACGCUGACCUACCGAGAAAGGAGUUACACGGGGAUAUUACUCGAUUCCAACAAAAAGACUGGGCUCUUCUGUCUGCCAGAUUUCACAGCCAAACUUGGUAACUGCCCGAUCACUAAGCCAGCUUGUGAAAUCCCGGAGAUCUUGAAUGAGGAGCCAGUUUCUAAGUCCCCCAACCAGGCCUCACACAGACCAAAGGAUGAAAACUCUCUCCCUGAAAGCAGCGAACCUGCUGCACCUCCACCACCACCCUGCCCCAUCCCCACACCCGUGCCAGCUGGACAGACUCCUUUUCCUCCUUAUUUUGAAGGAGCCCCAUUCCCUCAGCCUUUAUGGGUGCGCCACACCUACAGUCAGUGGGUACCUCAACCCCCUCCGCGGCCAAUAAAGAGAAAGAAGAGGCGAUCGCGAGAGCCAGGCCGUAUGACCAUUAGUACCAUCCGUCUGCGGCCGCGGCAGGUGCUGUGCGAAAAGUGUAAAAACACACUUAAUAUUGACGAGGACAGCAAAGAUGGCAUUAGCAACACUAAGUCUUCUAGGAAAGAGAAUACUCUGCAAAGCGAUGAUGAUGGAGAUUAUAAGAACAGCCUAGGUAAGCUGUCGAGGAAAGAGGACGUCAUUGCGACGAAGGACGGCAAAAGACGAGAAAACGGCUCUAGCCUCGACAGUAAGCGCUUCAGAAAGGACAAAAGGGGCGAGGCUGAUAUGGAGAAAUACACUUCAAGUGAUGUUAUCCCUCACAGUCCCGUCAUAAAGAUUUCCUACAGUACUCCACAGGGAAAGGGGGAGGUCAUGAAGAUCCCCUCCCGAGUUCACGGUUCAAUCAAGCCUUUCUGUCCAAAACAGUUGGUGCAAAACGGCGUGGGAGGAAAUGACAAGAGGUCUGGGGAUGCCGCCAAGGACCAGCGGCACAUUUUGGACGCCACAAGGUCUGGCCUCACUGUGUCUAUUCCAAAACUCAAAUUAACCAGGCCUUUUGCAACAGUGAAUCAAGGCUCAUCUUGUCCAAAGAUUCGGUUGAGACCCCCACAGAGUCAGGGAGAGGACACCAUGAUGGAGUACGAGGCAGAACUGGUCGGAGGCAGCAGGAGACGGAGCCCCAGAGGGCCUGGUUCGGGCAUCCCCCAUUCUGAGGACUCAGGUGAAGGGAAAAACUCAUUAGAGUUAUGGUCAGGGAGUUCUGGAGAGGAGGCAGAUCGUAGCCACAGCGACCUCACCCUCCUGAUCAACUUUCGGAAGCGUAAAGCAGAUUCUUCCAGCCUGUCAGUGUGCAGCAGUGACAGCCUGGACGAGUCCAAGUCCUUUAGCUCGGAAGGGACCUCGCCAGAGCUGUGCGAUCUGGCACCUGGCGAAGACCUGUCCGUCACCUCGUCUUCUGUGACUCCCCGGGAUGACUGCAAGACGGUGCCGCCGCUCACGGUGCGGCUACACACCCGCAGCAUGACAAAGUGCGUAACGGAGGAGGGCCACGCUGUGGCAGUGGGAGACAUUGUAUGGGGAAAGAUCCACGGCUUCCCCUGGUGGCCAGCUCGCGUGCUCAGCAUCAGCGGCACUCGGAAACAAGAGUCCGAUGGCUGCGAGGCCCAGUGGCCCCAAGCAAAGGUGGCGUGGUUCGGCUCGCCCACCACUUCCCAGCUGUCUGUAGCCAAGCUGUCGCCCUUCAGAGAGCUCUUCAGGUCCCGCUUCAACCGCAAAAAGAAAGGGAUGUACCGGAGAGCCAUCUUGGAGGCGGCCAAGGCCGUGGGUCACAUGGGACCAGAGAUAACGUCACUGCUUUCUCACUGCGACACGUAGAGGCUGAGGACCAAACGGACGUCUCCUAAUUGUUUCUGGACUCUCAGCCAUCAAGGCCCAUGAGGAGGAGUACGUGCCGUUACCACGGCUACUAUUUAUAUACCUGUUUUUUGUUUUUUUCCUUAUUCUUUUUCACAAGGCUGGUGGAUUAUUAUUGUUGAGACUGGAUAAGGGAGCAAAUACAAAAAAAAAAAAAAAAUGAGAAAAGGCCAGGAAUCUCAUGGUCUUCUUGAAACUCUGAACGUUUUAUUAUUUUCUAGGUUUUAUCAUAUUUCUGUAGAGCCGGACAACAACACUACAUGGACCCAAACGUAUUUAUUCUCUGAGUUGCCCUGUCUGAUAGUUUUUGGGGAAAUCCUUUCUAGUUUGCUGCUGUUAUUCCGAAGGUCUCUCCCGCGAGGUCCGACCUGUCCGGCCGGGUGGAGCCAUCGACACCGCCCCUCUUUCCCACAUCUGAAAGUCUUACUCUGAACACUCUAGACUGUAGAAACUGUGAAUGCUCCAUCCAGAGACGGCAGUGAGCGCAGCGUUCCCUCCUUCAUGCAGCGCUCAGCAACAUUCGGAGGACUGGUGGUGUGGUUGUACCGAACUCCAGAGUUACGUCACGUCUGUUUCCCAUUUCAUUUUUGACCCCCCCAUUCAGAUAUCCUGAAAACCAUUUUAACAUUUAAUUAUUUAAAGUGACACAUCUUAAAGAAAAAAAGCACUUUAUCUGUACCUUGGUGGCCUGCUGUAAGCUCACUGUCUGAAACACUAUUGAGAGAUACAGCCUUGUUAGGCAGCAGGGGAGUUCAGAAGUCUUUGUGGUUGACUAUCUAUGGCCUUGGAGAUACAAAACUAAAACCCAGUUUAGUUUUAUUUUAAAGUGAUCCAUGGGGGAACCAGACACAAUGUUUCUGUUUGUUUUUUAACACUGUGUUCCUGCAUUCUGCCUUUGCCACCCUACAGAAACAAAUCCUCUUGACAUUUCCAUUGGAGACUUGGUGAACAUAUGGCAACGCCCCCUAUGCAUCAUGAGUCAAAGCUUUAGGAGUUACUUGGAGAGGAAAAAUAUUACCAUGCUGUAAGAUUAAUGUGAAUUCAGCUGCUUAGUGGACUGAAGGAAGAAAGAUGGCUUGCUGCUAGUCGCAGGAUUUAGCCCUCGGGCGAAUACCGACUGCAACACUGACUUUCAGUGAGCGUCGUGUUGAAAUGCCAGCCAUGUUGGUCAUGCAGGGAAGUUGGGAAUCGGUCAGUAUUUAAAAGGUAACUGGGGAAUGCACAGGCACACUAGGCAUACCAGUUCGACUCCUUUCUUCCAGCCCAGAUACGGAAAAGCAGGCUCAGUUUAGGUGACAGAAUAAUUAUUAUUGUUUUUAAGGAGCUGCUCCCUUCUUCCUGUUUUGAUAUUCUUUGUUGUGAAGCUCUUGUCAGAUGGUGCGAAAGUGUACGCCUAAGAGGGGAGGGCGGUCGUCAGGAUCUUCCCAUGGAUGAGCAACGGUGCGGUUUACUGCUGCCCACGUCAGUCAGUGUUAUUGGCUACUUUUUGUUUCUUUUUUCUUUUUUUUUUUUACAUGUACUGUACAUAAAAUAAAAUAUACAAGCAUUA